UGUACCACGCAAAGUUAUGGCAAUGAUGUCAAGAAUAGGUAUUUGCUAUCUGAAUUUGGCUGCUACACGGGACACCGGGGUACCAAAACCAAAUAUUUUUCAUAGUGAAGGAGAGUCUUAACAUAACCCUAGAAAAUUGUGAGGUUAUAUUUCUAAACAAAAAAAUUUAAAAAAGUAUUAAUCAUAUUAUUAAUAUGUUAAGUGGAUAUCUUAAAAAACUCGCAAAAAGGAUUCCUACGCCUAUUCUCGUAGGAUCUGGUGCAUUAACAGUCUACGGUUUUGCAUGUCUCUGCAAGGAAAUAAUAAGCGGUAAAUUAUAUUUUGGCAACAAAAAUGCCGAAGGAAAGGUUAUAAUAGUUACUGGAGCGAAUACAGGAAUAGGGAAAGAAACAGCAUGGGAAUUAGCAAGUAGAGGAGCAAAAGUAUUUAUGGCAUGUCGAGAUAUGAAUAAAUGUGAAAAAGCUAGGGAAGAAAUAGUAAUGAAAACAAAGAAUAAAUAUGUUUAUUGUCGAUCAUGUGAUCUUGCCUCUCUAGAAUCUAUUAGAGAAUUUGUAAAAACAUUUAAAAAUGAACAAGAUCGUUUAGAUGUAUUAAUUAACAAUGCUGGAGUGAUGAGAACACCUAAGGGCACUAAAACGAAGGAUGGCUUUGAAAUGCAAAUAGGAGUAAAUCAUUUAGGACAUUUUCUUUUGACUAAUUUACUUCUUGAUCGUUUAAGAAAUUCAGCACCUAGUAGAAUAAUAAAUGUAUCAAGUGUAGCUCAUAAAAGAGGUAAAAUCAAUAAAGAAGAUUUUAAUAGUGAUCAGGAGUAUGAUCCAGGCACUGCUUAUGCCCAAAGUAAACUGGCUAAUGUAUUAUUUACUAAUGAAUUAGCAGAGAGAUUAAAAGACACUGGUGUAACUGUAAAUGCUGUUCAUCCAGGUAUAGUAGAUACAGCCAUUAUAAGACACAUGGGAUUUUAUAAUAGUUGGUUUGCUACAAUAUUAAUCAAACCUUUUGCGUGGCCCUUUGUGAAAACGCCUAAAUAUGGGGCACAAACAAUAAUUUAUUUAGCCGUAGAUCCUAAAGUUGAAAAAGUAACUGGGAAGUAUUUUUGUGAUUAUGAGGAAGCAGAAGUGGGAGAAUCAGCAAAAGAUCAAGAUUUAGCCAAAUGGUUAUGGAAAGUAAGUGAAAAAUGGACUAGAUUAACACACUGAUAUUUUCUUUAUAAGCUGUGUAUAUAUUUUUGAUAUUUAAUAGAUUCUGUUUCAAUAUU